AUGGAAGCUGCUUCCACCGGAUGGGGUGGCGAUGUGGAAGCUGCUUCCACCGGAUUGGGUGGCGAUGUGGAAGCUGCUUCCACCGGAUGGGGUGGCGAUGUGGAAGCUGCUUCCACCGGAUGGGGUGGCGAUGUGGAAGCUGCUUCCACCGGAUGGGGUGGCGAUGUGGAGGCAGCUUCCACCGGAUGGGGUGGCGAUGUGGAGGCUGCUUCCACCGGAUGGGGUGGCGAUGUGGAAGCAGCUUCCACCGGAUGGGGUGGCGAUGUGGAAGCUGCUUCCACCGGAUGGGGUGGCGAUGUGGUAGCUGCUUCCACCGGAUGGGGUGGCGAUGUGGAAGCUGCUUCCAACGGAUGGGGUGGCGAUGUGGAAGCUGCUUCCACCGGAUGGGGUGGCGACGUGGAAGCUGCUUCCAUCUCUGCUGUUCUACUCUAG